AUGCAACAAGUUCCCGCCCGCCCAGCGGCAGCGGUGCGGAGGGAGCCGACGGCGCCCGACACCACUCGACGCUUCAGUAUCGUCGCGACCAUGGCUACGGACGGACGUACGAAGCGCUCGCAGUCGAUAUGCGCUCCCGCCUCCGCGAGUAUGGAAGCUCUUGCAGCUCCCAUGGAGACCACGCCAGCGCCUCGCCGGAGGCCUGCUGCGCGGUCCCAAUCUGCCAGGAUUACUGGCGGUCGCUCCGUGAGGCAACGACGCCAGCAACAGCAGCAGCAACAACUGGACAGAGAGACCAGGACCCGGUACAGCUCGGAGCCUCGCCUUGCUGAGGCUGAGACUCCGCCUCAGGUCCGCAGGCAGGCCUCGGCCCGCCGCCGCCCGCCACCCGGCCAGCACAAUCAGCCGCGGCGCUCCAACGCUUUCCUGGAUGUACCCAGGAAUGCGCCGCACCAGCCCGAGGAGGAGCCCGACGAGGACUCGUACCGACUCCGCACGUUCAACAUCACGCAGAAAGGAGGUCAGUGCUAG